AUGUCUGUUCUCACUUCUAAAAGAAUAGACACUCUUGAAGAUAUACCUAGCAUCAUAUUCAAUGAUGUUGAUCAUAGCAACAAUGGCAAUAAAAGUGCUACAACCUCCAAUGGUCAACAUGCCUACGACGAAGACGAUGAGGUAAACGCAGAUUCCGACCUUGAUAUGAAGUCAGAGGCCUUUCCAAUAAUAACGAUAGAUGACCCGCCAAUCUCUAAUGUGCAGCAAUUUCAGGAGCUGCGAAGGUCUUUAAAGAUUACCUUGAAUCCGCUGCAGGGAGGAGAAGGAAUGCUUUUUAUUUCACAAGGUGAUGAAGAGGUUCAUCUUGCACCAUUUGAAGAAGAGACAAAAUUGUAUCCGUUUACUGUUGAAACCGUUGACGACUCAAAAUCCUAUGUACAAUAUGUCAGCCAAACUUACGAGCAAUUUAAAAUCAUCCUGAAAGACAAUCAAUUCAAAUCAUUUGAUGGGGACGAUGAUCUAGACAUUGGAUUAGAGAAUACUAUCACAGAGAACAAAAAACAGAGACGGCUUGUGUUACAGAGGUUAUUUGAAUGUUUAUCCAAAAACUUGAAUGACUUAGUACUGAAUCAGCUAAAAUCAGGAAUGCAUGAUUCAGACACCUACAAGUAUAAUGAACUUUUAGAUAUCCUCAAUUUACUGAACGCAUUAGAGUUUGGAGACUCAACUCAGACAAUCACGUUGUUAAUAAUGUGGGUCAAUCGAGCUCAAGUUGAGCCAGAUGAAGUUUUGGUGGAGAAUAUAAUGAAUGAAGAAAAGCCCUACGAGCAUCCUCUGUUUUGGUCAUACCUGAUCAGCAAACUGGUAAAGAGAGGUUUGUUCCAGGUUGCUGUUGAUGUACUUAAUGAGUCAAAGUAUCAGGAACUUCAGGAGAUAGAUGGAAAGCUGUUUCUAUUCAUUCAAGAUUUUCAAACUUUAUUAAGCAACUACGAUACAGUGGGAUUCGCAACGUCUUCUAAAAGCUUUUUGCAAUGGAAACAAGCAGCAUGCCAACUCCGAGACAGCUACUCUGAUGUUGACUUCAAGCGCCUAGGCACCUCUGCACAAGUAUUCGAGCUGGUCAGCUUAAUAUCUGGCAAUCAUUCCAUCGAUCCAUCCGAUUCGUGGUAUGAAGUUCUAUUGGUUAACUACAUGUAUAGCUUUCCGUCAAAAGAGUUUAUUUUGGAGUACAUGGCUAUCGUGAGCCAGAACUUCAACCUUCCGGGUCAAAUAGAAACAGUUUGGGAGCUGGCAUGUUUGGAUUUAUUGGAAAAGAAUUAUUUGAGAAUGCUGACAAGAUUGGAGAUGUUGGACACAGCGACUUCUGCUUUUGUUUCUGUUCUUUGUGAGGCGCAAGGGUUGUUUAAGGAGUAUAUUACCCUCUCAGAUGAUGAUUCGUUCUUGAUUUCAGAAUAUCUUUUAAGAAAUCUGAUAUACUCAUGCCUCUCCAACAACCCACUUCUUCCAACCGGUAUAGGUCUAACUAUUACUCUGAAUAAUGAGAAUUGCCGAGAACUUGUGUCUGAGUUCUUACCAAGAUUUGAAUGCCUAACAAACGAUGAUCUGGAGUGGUGCCUUUCCAUUUGCGCCAACCUAAAGCUUCCUGAUCUGUCAGCAAGGAUAUGUAAGAUCCAAGGACAAAACCUAAAAGACAAAGGCUUACUGUUAGAGAGCCUAUUACUAUUCAGCAAGUCAGGAGAUAUCCCAUUGGUCGCUAAUACUUGCUGGCUAAUAUUUGAGAACGCAUUGUUAUUGGGGCAUUCAAUUGGUGACAAGCUCUUGGAUUCUGUUAUCAGUGACCAGGUAAACGCUGAAGAUAGGAGUGAUAAUGUUGAAUUGUCUCCGGUAUUGAGGCAAUGCAUUUCGCCAUAUGCAAUUUUAUGCCGAGUCUAUAAUUAUUUGUCUUCAGGCUCUAAUGUGAGAAUGGGUAUUUCACUUUUGAUUAAGCUACUUCGAUUUCCAUUCCUACCCCCAAAAUUUCAACCGCUGCUGCUAGCUCAAUUUCUUCCUUUUUUAACAAGCAAUGACUCAAGAAAAGCUUUUUUCAACACUCAAGAACUAGUUAUAAUCAUUGAACUACUAAAUGAGUAUGACUCUAGACUGAAACAUGAUGUACCGGAUGCCAGGAAAUCUUCGGUUCUACAAGCUGAUCUACUAUACCAAUUGGCAAUAAGUGGUGACUACAACAAGGCGGACGAUUGGAGAAAGACAAAGCGGUUGCCCCAGACUGUAUCAGAGUUGUUGAUAACCCUGAGAAAGAACAUAGCUAUCCAGCUCAGUUACAACUUCUCGCAGGAAAAGUGA